UGGUUCUGUCUGGCUGCCUGUGCCCGGCCCCUUUCGCGCCUGCGCACUCCCCGCAUUCCAGCAUGGCGCUGCAGUCCGGCAGUGGAGGAGCUGCGCACUGAGAUUGCAGCGGCCCCGGGGACAGCAUUGAGCAGUAAGCGGACCAAACUCGGCACCGUUCCCCCCAUCGCCUCUUCCCAUUAUCCUCUUUCCCUCGAACUAGGAGCAUCCGGAGACUCCAGCGCAUGGAAAAAAUUGCAAAACGGGGAUAACCCCUGUGUUUACCAUGUCCAGCCAAACAAUACAGCAUUUUGGAGCUGUGCCCCUUCAUCAGGUGCCGUCCCCCUAUACUCCUUGAGCACCCGCUGUUUCAGAAGAAGAGAGGCCAGGUGUGCUUGUGAAUUUCUUGUGAUGUAUUCCCUUGUAAGGAGGACAGGAUUUGUUGUUGAAGUUUCAGGCAGCUGCCAAUUGUGCAACUGAAAAAGCAUGUGAGGUGGUGGAUGUGGACACCUGUAGAUGAAUGAUCAUUUCAGCCAUGAUGGCCGACCAGCCUCCACCAUUGGAAUCAACCCCUAUAUUAAAUGAUGUGCCACUUCUACCUCACAUGGUGAAUGGGGAUAGCACACAACAGCCUCUUUAUUUGCAGGUUAUACUGGUACAAGUGAAUCCAGGGGAAACGUUUACUAUCCGCACAGAAGAUGGGCAUAUUCGAUGUAUUCCAGGCCCAGCACAUGUUCCCAUGAUGUCACCAAAUGGCUCAAUGCCACCUAUCUUUAUGCCACCUGGUUACGUAUCUCAGGUCGUGGAAGAAAAUGGAAUGCGCAAAGUCUUGGUCUUACCACAUUCAGCAGAGUUUCAUCCAUCAAUGCAUCCACCUCCUCACGUGGCACACUAUAUGCACCAUCCUCACGCUCUGCUCCCUCACCCUCCACAUCCUGUUUAUCCCCCAGUGCCUGCAACAGGAGAGAUACCACCCCAGUUUAUCCACCAACAUCCUCCACCCCCGCCACACAUAUUCCAGGAUCAAGAUGCACGUUCCCACACAAGGCAAAGUUUUAUACAGAGAGAUGAACGAGCCAUAAAAAUGCAGGAGCAGCUUCGAAAAAGAUUAAAAGACAGACAAAUUAGUGGGCAUAGUAAUAAUAAGCUAAACAGUCCGCCUCCCUCCCCACACAAAGCACACAUUGCUGCCAAUGCACAUAUACAGAAUGGAUACUCCAAACCACAGCAUCUAUCAGCAGGACCUAUAAAACUCAAGCAAGCAGCUAAGACUAGAAGCAGUCCACCUUCUGAUCCAGAAACUCUAGAUGGAGAAUUGGAACCUAAAAGGUUGCAGGAUGUGGUCCCUGCCAUGAAUAAACCUGUUGUUUCUGGUUUAGAGGCUCGUUCAGCCAUCUUAUGUUAUAGUCUUCACACUAGUACACAAAACUGUGAUAGCCCAUCUAAUCCUUUACCAGCUGCAGUCAUUUAUGAGGUAACCAUAUCCAACAGUGGCAAGAAUGGAAAAUUCAAACUUGUGUACUUAGGUGAAGCUGCAAUCUGCACCUUGACGGACCUUCGGCCAGCAACAGACUACCAUGUUAGAGUAUCUGCAACAUGUCCACCUCUAGAAGGCUCCAUUUCGGAACUUGUAAGUUUUACUACCGAAAGCUGUGAACCAGAGCCACCUGCUCCUCCUAAGCUCUCAAACCGAAGUAGAAACUGUUUGAAUCUUCAGUGGAAGGCUUCGAAUGACAAUGGUUCAAAGAUCAAUGGAUUUUUGCUGGAAUGGGAUGAGGGAAAACAAGGGCCAUUUAAGGAGUGCUACUUUGGACACCUUAAACAGUACAAGUUAACAAAGCUGUCUCCUUCCACAAAAUAUGCAUUUCGAAUAGCCGCCAAAAAUGAUAUUGGAAUGAGUGGGGUGAGUGAGACGGUGGUCUUCUUAACAGCAGGCAGUGCUCCACCAGCUCCACUGCCACCAAAGCUCCUUCAUUCUGGCAUCACCUGGCUAUCAUUGUGCUGGAGCCCACCUAGUGAUAUAUCUGUGGAUGAUAGCCUGACGUACAUAUUAGAAAUGGAAGAAGAAGGUUCAGGGUAUGGUUUUAAGCCAAGGCACAAUGGUGAAGAACUCUCAUGCACUUUAAAAAACCUGAGAAGGAAUACUUCUUACAAGUUCAGGGUUUUUGCAGUUAACAAUGAAGGCAAAAGUAAUCCUAGUGAUAUUGUAGAAUACACAACUUCUCCUGACAAACCUGGCCCUCCUGGCAAACCAAGUAUAAAAGGAAAAAUCCAUGCACACAGUAUAAAAGUCACUUGGGAUGGUCCUAAAGAUAAUGGAGGAUCCAACGUGACCAAAUAUUUCCUUGAAAUCUCGGAAACACCCAAUGGAAACAAAUGGGAGGUGAUAUAUAGUGGGUCUUCAAAAGAACACGUGUGUGAUCAUCUCAAACCUGGCACAUGCUAUAAAUUAAGAGUAUAUUGCAAUAAUAUCAUGGGCUCUAGUCUGGCUUCGGAUGUAUCAACAGUCCAGACAGCUAUUGUACCUCCAGGUCUCUGCCAAGCCCUACAACUGUGUGGGAAACCCAAACCCAAGGAACUGAGUCUGCAAUGGACUCCUCCUUCCUCAGAAGGUGGCUCAGCAGUGACAGCUUACACUGUAGAAAUGGAAAAAUCUGAACAAGAAGAUCGUGCAGCAGUGUACCAGGGCCCAGAGCUUGAAUGCACAGUAAGCGACCUCCUGCCAGGACGGUCCUAUUGCUUCUGGAUCAAAGCCACAAAUAAAGCAGGGUGUGGACCUUAUUCACCUAAAUCGGAGUUCUGCACAGCUCCAGGCCCUCCUGAAAGAUGCAGAAUGCCGACGCUGAUCUGUAAGACUGCAAACUGUGUCCUAGCCAGCUGGGAGACCCCUAUGUGCAAUGGUACAGAUAUAACGGAAUACAGGCUAGAAUGGGGGAGACUAGAAGGUUGUAUGCAAAUAAUUUACAGCGGCCCGUGUCCAAGUUAUGAAAUCAAAGGAUUGACACCUGCUACCACGUAUUACUGCAGAGUUCAGGCUGUUAAUUUGGCUGGUGCGGGACUGUUUGGUGACACAGCCAUGAUAACAACUCCAGCAUCUGUACCUGCUGCCGUUCCAUUUGUGCAAGUAGUUGAUGAAGAGCUAUUGGAAGCCUCACUUCCCUCACCAUCAGAGUGCCUUGCUAUCCAGUGGAAAGAGCCAUGUUGCAAUGGGUCGGAGAUCACUGGGUACAAUGUAGAAUAUGGGGAGAAGCAGCAACUAACUGUUGACUGUGUUACUAGUUGUAUUCUUCAAAAUCUGGUCCCUGAUCGGACCUACAGAAUAAGAAUUCAGGCCAUAAACGGCUUAGGUGCUGGACCAUUCAGCAGUUCUAUCAAGGCCAAAACCAAGCCUCCACCUCCGAACCCUCCCCAUCUCGAAUGUGUGGUCUUCAGUCACCAGAGCCUUAAGUUGAAAUGGGGAGAUGGUUCCAGUAAAGCAUUAGCAACAGAGACCUCCCAGUUCAAUUUACAAAUGGAGGAUAAGUCCAGCAGGUUUUUUACAAUCUACAAUGGACCCUGCCACACAUACAAGAUGCAGAGAUUAAAUGAGUCAACUACAUACAACUUCAGGAUACAGGCAUAUAACGAUGCAGGAGAAGGGCCUUUCUCUCAAGUUUACAGUUUUACUACUACCAAAUCUCCGCCGGCAGCAUUAAAAGCACCUAAAGUGCAGCAGAUUGAAAGUCAUUUAUGUGACGUUACUUGGGAGCCUUUGCAGCCCAUGAGAGGAGAUGCCAUUGUUUACAUGCUUCAACUUACCAACGGGAGAGAGGUUGAGCAGGUUUACAAAGGACCAGACACCUCGUUCACUUUUACAAACUUUCAAACAAACUGUGAAUACCGGUUCCGAGUCUGUGCUGGUCGGCAAUACCAAGAUCUUGCUGGCUUGCAGGAGUUGUACGGCCCUUACAGUCCAAGCACCACAUUCUCAUCUCAAAGACAAGAAUUGGUUCUAAAUUGUGCUAACGCUACCACGGAAACCACAAAGACCAAGAGAAAGCCUUUAACUGAUGAGCAGUUUGCGGUGCUACUCCUUCUGGUUUUUGCCAUUGUGGCUUUCUUGUUUGCUGUCGUCAUUCAGUACUUUGUAAUCAAGUAGCCACCCUCCAUGCAACUAUUCUCCCCUUCCCUUAUAUUUAUGUUUUAAUGCCUUGAGAACCACAGAGAUUUCCAGCAGCCGUGCAUUGCAAACCUCUCUGGAGCCCAAGGGAUUAAUGAUUCUUCUUAAACUUAUUGAUGGAAAUGAUUGUAUUAUAUAUAAGUGCAUUUCCAUUGUUGCUGCUUACUCAUUGAGAGGCGGGAUUAGCUUAAUCCUCCCUACACUUGGAACAUGAAGCAUCAUGAAACUCUUAGAAAGGGAAUCCAGUCCUGCCUCUAGGACCAUGGUAUAAUAUGCCUUAAUACACUUUGCCAAGGUGGUGCUGUUCGUUUAUAUGGAACAUUUGCUUUUAAAGCAUGUCCUCUUUAAAUGUUCAGCCUUGUAAGUGGUAGCUAAUAAAAGAAACCAUUUUGUUCAACAUAAAAGUAUUAGCGUCCAUUCUCAUACCGAACUUGGGUCUUUAAAAAGAUGAAAGGUUUUGUUAGUUAAAGGUGAAACAGAUCUCAAAGACAACUAGGCAAGCGUGAGCAGAACUUGACAAACUAGGGUUAUUAUCUCUAGCCUUCAUUCACUAUGUGAUGUAUACCUUGUAACUGGAAAAAGCAGCUGAUUGUAAAUCAUCUUGGUGGCUUUUACUAAAUGUCUUUACACCUAAAUGAAAUUGACAAGUGCCCAUUAAGUCCGUAGCACCUCCUUUAAUUCUACACCUUGUAUACGAAGGUAAGAUUCUUUUUAACUCAAUAAUAUGUAACAUUCAGUGUUGAUACAUGAGUUCAUUCACAUUUAUGGGGGAAAAACUACAUUCUGAAACUUUCAGAAAUAGAGGAAAUAUAAUACAGUAAGUGAAGUAUAGCCUUUAUCAGCUGCAGUUAGUAUUGUAUAUACAUGUGUAUUUAUAUGCAUGUGUAGAAAUGUGCCUUGUAUUAGUAUGCGUAAUAUACACAUACAGAGGAACAAGGUUAUUUACAGGACUUUUCUCAUAAAUGUGUUUAAUAAUUGCUUGAUAUCUAUAUUUACCUGACCGUAACCAAAGCAUUUAUGGAAUAAACCACAUUUUGUUCCAAAAGUAUGUCCUGUAAAUAUGGCACCCUUAACUUGCCAAGGACUACCUGUGAUAGAAAUGCGCCAGCCACAAGGAGAGGAGGGUGUUUUGCCUAUUCCUAAAAUUCUGUCUGAGCCAGUCUGCAUUUGCACACACAGAAGGUUGAUGCAGACAUGUUAACGGUAAUGCAUUAACUAAGCUGACCAGGCUAUUGCAUUGAAAGAUGCACGUCUUUCCCUAGAUCAACCAACCAAAAAAAAAACCCAAUUACCGAAUGCAGUAAUAGGGAAACUGAUUUAAACAGAUUUCUAAUCCAAGCUACACCUCUAUGGUACAAUCACACGCAUUGUCCGACCCAUUCAAGCAGAGCCAUUCUUUUUACCAGAUCUACAGAAACAUACCGGUAUGUGUUGUUUUUUUAAUCUGUAUACAGUCAGUUGGAAGUGCAGCCAUGUGAUCGAAGCACAUUAUUUUAGCAUCUCUUGUGAAGCGGAGAAGAAAAGUGGAUUUAUAUUGAAGUUUGGUGCUACUACUAAAAUCAGCAAAAAGUAUUGCAGGGCCUUGAGCUCCCUGGAAGAAGAAUAUUCUAAAUUUGUAAGCAUUAACUCUUGUGUCUUUUAACUUGAAAGCCUUUCAUUGACUUACGUCACCUUUCCACCAAAUGAUACUACCAUUGCAGGAUAGCGCCUUAUGACCCAUACUGUGUAUCUGAAUUUUGUUUUUGUAUAUAUUUAUAUAUACCGUGACCUGCUUUGCAUUUCAAGUACAAAAAAUGUACUGUGCUUCUCAAGAAUACAUUGCAGCACUUUCUGUACAAGCACAGGUUUGUCUUUACCGAGCAAAAAAAAAAAAAAAAGUGCAUUUAUUAUAAAUGUUACACUAUUUGGCUCAAACUGAGCAAGUAUAUGUUUUUAUACUGUCUGUAAUCUAAGUAAUAAAAAGACGCACGUUUUUUUUUUCAAGAGAUGCCCAGAUUAUGUAUUAUCUACUAACCUAAAUAUUUUUACAUAUAAAAUGUUUUUUGUAAGAAAAUUAUCAUGCUGAUAAUAUAUAUAUAUAUAUAUAAAUAUACAUUCCAUCACUUUAUAUUUAAGAUUUGUUUUAGAGCUCACAAUAAUGUCAAUGGUAUUAAAUAUUGUCGUUGUCAAUGCAGAUUAUGAUUGUUGCUUUGGCCAGGAAUGUUGGUAUAUUUGAAAGCUGAAAUGUACCAAAAGUCCUUAGAAAAAUCAUUGCCGUCAACUUUAUCGGAGAAUUCAUACAAUAAAUGACACCCCUACAGUCAGAAUAUGUGUAGUAACAUGGCAUAGGUUGCAGACUUCAUGUAAAAUAUGAAUGUCAGCCUCGCUGUUGUGCAAUGACCCUGCGUUUCACAAUUGAAAUGUUCCAGUUCAUACAAAUCCUACAGGAUUCUGCAUUUAUAUAUGUAGAAAGUAGUCCCCUUUUUAUACAUAGUGGAUAUUAUAUGUAUUGCUCUGUUCCAUGCCAAUCACCUAGGAGUAUUUCUGCAUAUCGUUUCAUUUAUGAAUAUUUUAUCGUAACAUAUACUGCCACUUUCUUUCCUUACAGUAGAUGUAUGGUGCAAUCUAAAAUUUUACUCCUCCACAAGUGUACUCUGAAUGGUAUUCUAUUUAUUUUGAUUAAGGUUGAAUGUAAUUAUUUUACAAUUAGUGUUAGUGAAAUCAUUUGCAUUCUUUUUUUAACCGUAUUCCUGACCAAGAGGCCGUCCCCAUAUUACGGCAAUACACUAUGGGUGCCUCCGGCAUGGAAUGGUUUGUGUCUUUAUAUGUGCCUGUUUGUACGUCAUUACAUACAUUUCUAUACACAUGAUGUUGUCUUUUCGGCUGCAGACAUGUUUACAUUUUAAUCUUUCUAUUUUAAUAUAUAUUUUUAUGUAAGGAACACCAGUGCUAGUUUGCAUGUUGAUUCAUAAUAAACAGCAUGUGUGACUAUUCAUCUUCUUUAUGGUCUAGAACAUUCUUUAUGGUUAGAGCAUUCUUUAAAUCAGCAGGUUCUAUUGAAUUAUAUAAUUGUCUUAUCAGAAUAUAAUGUUACCCGUGUGCCUUGUGCCCUGAUAUGGCCAAGCAGUUGACAUGGUUUUUGUUCCUUGCUGCAUGAAUAUCGGGGCAUCUGUUGGUUUUUCAGAAGAUAGUCUACAGUCUCGCUGCAAUUGGUUGGUUUACAUAGAAAAUCCGUCGUUGAGGCAUUGGCAGAUACGGAAGUGAAAGGACUGCAUAUCUGCUUGUUUAACUCAUCUGAUAUGGGUCAGUUGUAGAGGGGCAUCAGUGUAGGUUUGAUGAGAUACAGCCAAGAGGCUGAGUUCUGCAGUGCCUGUUAAAGCCUGUGUAAGUGAAUGGUUUCACUUUAACUGGUGAAAGUGUUUCUGAGUUGUAGUUUUGCAAUGUUGGACCUAUUUGAAUGACCAUAUGUCCAUGUGUUGGGGGCUUUGAGCAUGCAUGUUGAGUAAGAGUUGAUUAUUAGUAAAACUAGGUUAGCCAGUUGCCACCAUAGACGCAUCUGCUAGAUUCAUUCGCUCAAACAGAAGAGGAUUAAGCUUAAAUUAGUUGUGCCAAGUAUCCUUUGGUUGGAGAAAAAAAGCCCAGUUGUACCUAGCUUUGGCAGGGAGCGUUACAUUGGUCUGUUUCAUUUGGGAGCUGCAUGCAAUAAAUCGUUAGUGUCUGCUUAAAGGAGCAAUGCCACCUUUGUAGUGUUUCACAUGUUAAACACUACUACCCUGGAAUCUACAUCCAGCCAACAACUAAGCCUAGAUUCCUGGGAAAUAAUAGUUCAGAAUCUGGAAGAUUCUGCCAACAGCCUUACGGUCUCCAUUGCCAAAGGAAUUCUGCUUGAGAUCCUCAUAUUUUCAAGCACACAUUUAAACUUCUCAUCUUCAUUUUGUAUCGCUUUUCUCUGAACUGCAUACUAAGAUACCUAACAUUCAUCUUUCUUGGACAACUUGUGCUCUUUGUGAUAACCUUUCUUUUUUUGUUGUUGUUCUCAUUUUCAUUUACAGCCUAUACAUUCCAGAAGUAUGUUUGGUGUUCUUGUUAGAAAUCUGUUGCUUUGUACUUUCAUUGUAAUUUGAGGUAUCUUCUACAAUAUAACAUUACCCUGCAUAUGUAUUACUAAAUUGUUACUAUGAAAUAGAUAAUAUAUUUAAUAUGUUCAAUAAAAAGUAUAAAAUUA